UCACCGCUACCACCCGUAAAAUCCAUAUGAUAGUAACUAGAGUUGAGCAACAAUGCCGCAACAUAUUUCCCUUUGACUUUAUUAGAAAUACAUGUUUUAAAUGGCGGCGGAGGGCACCUACGAGUACGAGUGCAUGAGGGCCGAACUGCUGGGCCUCGAGAGACCAGAUUACGAAGAAUUCACGAUAAAUAAGGCCGCCAGGGAUGCCGCUGAAGAAGACCAAAUGGAAGUUAUAAAUCUCGAGGACGCCGAUACCCAAAACGAAUCGUAUUCCCAAAUCGGAGGAAGGCUUGACGAGCUGAACAGCAUUUUAAAAUCGACGCAACGAAAAAUACACAAUUUUAAGACUUAUGGUUUCGUCUUAAACUUAUUCAAAACAAAGGCGGCGGAUAAAACGAAUUCUAGUGACUCCGGCACUUCUGCAUUGAAUAAGCAGUGCGAAAACGUAUGUAGCGACAAUCCUGCGCUCAACAUGGAGGAAGAGCAGCCGCGGUCCAAGACCGACAAAACAAGCGACCUGGCCAAAGCUAUUGACAGGCACGUGGACGUUUUGGACUCCCUAAUAGAACAGACUGAAAAAGCACAAUACAGUAUGGCUUACCAGAACAGAGAAAUGAAGAAAUUUUUAAAAUAAUUCGAAGUCGUUCCAUGCCUAUGGGUUUUCGUGGACUUUAAAGCAAUAAUAAUUAACUUGUUAAAUACUUGCUAUUACCUUGUUAUAUAUUUUUUAUAUUUUGUGUUGCCUCUUGCUGAAAUAAAACGUUGUCGUUUGA